AUGGUGUUUGGUAGUGUGAACAUUUCCCGAUUGAGUCUUCCAUUGGUUAUUCUCAUGUGCUGGACAGUGCAAAGUGUAUCAGCGCUCGAGCUGGGUGAAAGCUGUGUAAAUCCUGCAGGAGAAUCUGGCAAGUGUAUCCUCUUCCGAGAUUGCCAACCACUCGUCAACAUUUACAAUAAACCCAUUAACACGCCACAAGAUACAGAGUUCCUCACGCAAAGCCGGUGUGGUAUGAUACAACGAAAAACAUUGGUAUGUUGUGCAGGGUCUAUUCAGAAAUCUUCAUUACCAGAGCCUCCCCAUUGCGGUGUGCAACUGUCGGAUCGUGUUCUUGGCGGUCAGCCAACACACAUCGAUGAGUUUCCGUGGACGGCGUUGAUCGAGUUUCAGAAACCAGACGGAAGCUUUGGUUUCCACUGUGGUGGAUCACUUGUCAAUGAGCGGUAUGUUGUUACUGCUGCCCACUGCAUCAAAUCGAUCCCUCGCAGUUGGAAGGUCCAUCGUGUACGUCUUGGCGAGUGGGAUUUGUCAACGGCUAAUGAUUGUCAGGAUGGCUUCUGCUCCAAAGCGCCGAUCGAUUUGGACGUUGAGAAGAUUGUUGUUCACAGCAAUUAUGACCCGAAGGAUCAGAGCAAUGCCAACGAUAUUGCGCUGAUUCGUUUCACCCGAUCUGUUCAGUACUAUGAAACAGUACGACCUAUUUGUCUACCAUUGAGCGUAUCGCUUCGUAAUCGUAAUCAUGUCGGACAGCCGAGUUAUGCUGUCGGUUGGGGUAAAACAGAAACUGCUGCAGCGAAUGAGAUGAAGCUGAAAGUUGAGAUGAACGUCACUAGCUCGCAAGAGUGUGCACGAGCUUAUCAGCGUGGGGGAAUUUUGCUUAAAACCACACACAUGUGUGCUGGGGGUGUGCGUGGCAAGGACACAUGUAGCGGUGAUUCGGGCGGUCCUCUGAUGCGUCAAAUUGCUGGUGCAUGGUAUCUGAUCGGUGUGGUCAGUUUUGGACCACAAAAAUGCGGCACAGCUGGUAUACCAGGUGUAUACACUAAUGUUGCUGAGUAUGUAGAUUGGAUACGGGACAAUAUCUACUAG